AUGAAUACCGCAGUGCUAACCGGUCGUCAAGUAUCCCAAGCGAUGAAGGUUUUCAUCGUCAGCCAGGCGGGAACAGUUGCCGAUGUAACGCUCCAGUCAUCCUGCCACUCUGAGGAUGAAAGUGUUUCAUCAUCAUGCAGCAGUGUCUAUGUAGACGGUUCUGAAAUCCGCGGCUCAAGCAACGCAUCAGUACUUGUUAAAUACGGCACAUACACUGGAUUAGCGAGGUUUACUGUUUGGAUGCCGGAGUUUCCGCUAGAGGUCACUGUUACCGAUGCAAGGUUGAGUCAAAUUAAAGGCUGGAAAGUCCCAGAGGGCCAUCCGGUCCAAAAAAAUAAGAGAAGUUUGAAUCAGACUGAUGAAUCUUCUGUUGAUGUCACCACCAACGUUAAUAAUAAUAACAACAAUAUUAAUAAUAAUAAUGGCAGGAGACGCAGACGGAGAAGAACAAGUCUCUCGGGACUAGACUCGCUAGACAAUAAUGAAGACACGAUUAAUCAAGAUAACGAAGACGAGGAAGAAGAAGAAGAGGAGGAUGACGAUGAGAUUGAUGACGUGGAAGUUGAAAGAUUCCGGGAUGACAGGUGGGACGCGGUUAAUUCGAUCGAUCGGUCACUCCAGACUGCAUGCAGAUUGCGGUUCCAGCAAAGCCCUGUGGAGGUCCACGCCAGGUUCCUGGCCGCAGGACAUGACAGCGGACGUGAGUCCUAUUUUGUCAAUAGAAGGACCUGGUUGAGAGUGACUGACCUGGUGGUAGGGCUCGUCAGAGUUUCGGAUCCCAGGAUCGCGACUCUGCUGCAGGACAGGAUCGUCCAGGGACGAGGAGUUGGGAGGACCGAGGUCCAGGUUCUCUCGCCGAUUACUGGAAGGGUCAUUGGAGCUAAAGAGAUCAGGGUGGGAAAUGACAGGGUUUCUAUUGCAAGGUUGUCUGUCAAGGUUGUUUCGGGGCUGCAAUUGACGAUUAGUCCGGAUAGUGCAAUUGAAAAUGGGUAUGUUGCUGAAACCAGUGUUACUAGGAGGCUCACCGCUCAGUAUCAGGAAGGACUUCUGGAUAUCGACAUAGAGUUCACAGACUCGACAAAGACGCCCCUUAGAGAGAUUGCGGUGAGCGAUUAUCAUCUGACGGUAGAGAGUUUGGACCCGGAGGUGGUGGCUUUCGCGCCAAUGGUGGCCUCGCACCAUCCAAGAGUAAUAGCAGUUGGAGAAGGUCACGGGGAUCUCUUGAGAGUGACUCUUUCUCUCGCUGAGGCAUGCAGGAUGUCGGGGACGAAUGCUGGCAGAAGAGCAAAAGGAUCAAGGACAAACACUAGUGGACAGGGUGCUACCCAAGCGCUGGCUACUGCGACGGCGAACGUCGAGGUUGAUUUUGCGUCUAGCGACCUUCCCCAUCGACCGGAAUUCGUCCAGAACGACGGUGGGGGAACCGUUCAAGGUGGCUCCUCUCACCACCACCGCGAGCGAAAAACAGGACGUGAGGUUGCUCCUGAUUUACAUGAUAUACUCAUUGGCGGCAUAGGCGGAGUAGGAGUGCGUCAUCACAAUGCCAGCCACAUGACACCCUUAGAAAUCGGAAUGUACGUCCUACUAGCAGCAUUCGGGUUCGCUAUUUUGGUGUUCGUGAUAUCAUGCGUGGUAUAUGCCAGCAAAUUCAAACCCCAUCAAUCAGACUCACCAUUGCCAAGCAUCCCGAUGUUAGGGGCUGUCAGGGCACGAGCCGCCGCUGCUAGCCAACAAUUGGCAUCUGCUCGUCGGCCCCGUGAGUCCACCACCAAUGCCCACGACUGGGUCUGGCUUGGUAGGGCAACUCUUGAACGAGCUGCUUGUGCUCCUCAACAGGUAAGGGUGACAAAUAACCCUCUGGCAGGUGAAGUUGACGAAGAAGCGGGUGACUUAGGAACGAGUUUUGAUAAUCCAAAUCACAUAGAACUGCCAGCGACAGGGAAUCGCGUAACUGUCACACCGAUUGAUUCUACAACUUAUUGCAAGCGUGACAGAAUUCGCAAUUACAUGCAGAAAAAUGAUACCACCAAGACCCAAGUUUUAGCGGGUGCUAUCACUUCUUCCACGCGCAACGGAAACGACGCGAAAGACGUUCCACCCCCUCUACCUCCCCACGGAGUGACAUCGCCAUCUGCCGGAACAGUCGGAACAGCAGACCAGGCGAACAACAAUGAAGACUACAAGCCGCCCGUUCCUCCUCACAGGAACACCGGAGUGACAGCUCGUCUUCCCGAAACACCAAAGAAACACCAGCACCGCAGUCACCACGGGAACCACCGACACGUCAAGCAUCACCACCACCACCAUCACAAGAACCAUUCGAACAACGUCAAGCCGAGCUCGAAGAACGAGGAGGCGCAGACUGUCGACGACGAGGAGUUCGUUGAACUCAGGAAACCCGGCUCGGGUGUCUCCGGAGACUCCAAGCCCAGGGAGAUUGUUCCCCGCGAGAUAAAGCGCGCGACAAUCGUCGGAAACCCGAUGUUCUCCUCUAACCUCUCCAGUUCUUCAUCAUCGAGCUCGUCUUCCACGGUGUCCAACCACGAGCUCACCGAGACAAUGGCCGCCUUGGAAACUCCGGCCCUGGAAGACCUCAACCUUGGUAUGGACUACAACCAAAUCAUGCAAUAUUUUGAUAAUUUGAAGGAAUCGAACGCCUAG